AUGGGAAGCAGAAGUAGAUACAGUCAUAGCGGUUGCACAAAUUGCAAGAGAAGCAGUAUCAAGUGCGAUGAAAGAUCGCCUUCUUGUCUCAAUUGCUCUAGAAAGGGAAUCUCAUGUACAUAUACCCAGAUGAUUCACUUUUACCAACCAGAACUAACGAAGCAAAACAGAGUUGAAAAGACCAAGGGCAGAAAAAUAAAAAAGCCACAAAAACUGGCAGGGCCACCACCAACAGCUCCGAAGACAACAACUCCUAAGAGUCACUCCGCUGCUAGUUCAUCAUUGAACGCUAUUGAGGCAAGUAUUUUCAAGUUGAGGGAGCACCUCAACGAUAGAAAUGCAAAAACAGUACUAAAGGAAGAUAUUUUGCGAUGUAAAGAGACGAGUGAGCCUUGUUCAGAACAAGACUUAUUGAAAGUUCCUGACUAUGUCAAGUAUUGGAAGCCGUAUGACCGAGAAAGAUACCAAGAGUUGGUUGAGAAAAUAGAUGCGAGAGGUAAUGUAAACAUGGAGGGCCAUUUCCAUGAAGAUGAUGCGGAGGCCCAAGAACUUCUUUGGUAUACUCUUUCAGAGAGCAAAUGCGCCUACAAUUAUCUUCUAGUGAAAGAUGACAAUGAAAACUGCGUAGCAAAUUGGUUUUUGUAUUUUGGGAAGAGGUAUUCUAUUGUACCCUUCACUGUAAAUGCAGUGAUAGGGAAUCUAUUGGAUGUGAAAUGCUCUGACGAUCGCUGGUUUUGUUUAGUUCAGCGUAAUAUGACGGUGACUUUGUCUAACUUAUCAAAUCGAGUCGGAGAAUGCGAUUCCUUUUCAGAAAUGUCAUGCUACCUAAUCUGCGUUAUGUUCUUAUGUUCAGAGAGAUCAGCAGCUCGUCUGGAUGCCUGGAGAACUCAUUUGAGAGGUGCAUUUGCGAUACUUACAAAAUGUGAAGGCUUGUACGUUCAAAAAGGGCUAGAUAAAUCUGACUUGACCGAUACAGAAACCAGGUACGCAGUGGAGAUGUACUUGUGGACAAAAAACUGGUUUAUUUCCGCAGAGACUAUGGCCUGCUUAUCGGCCCCCAAUGGUGGAUCUGUUGAUUGCAUAAACCGGCUAGUCAAAUGUCUCAAUUUUAAUGACUGCAAAGAAAACAAUGAUUUUAUAAUUGGUGGAUUCAAUUUAAUGAAGGGAUAUUCUCAGUUGCUUACUCCAGUGUUUGUUGAGUUAAUUACCUUUAUGUUCAAAUUUAGUAGUUCUGAAGGAAUCUCCCUUAGUGGUUGUGAAGGAAUACUACACAACUUACCAAGAAACGAUGAAAGGGACUCAAUGGGUAAGAGUCUAAUUCAAAAAGUUACCGAGAUUCAAAGUGAACAGUUUAACUUAUUGAACGUAAAGGAUUAUAAGUUGCGGGCAUGUAUGAAAGCAUGUAAUAGGUGCUUCUGCUUUGCCCUUAAGAUAUUCAUAUACUCAGUAUUACUAGGGAGUCCAAUUUACGGUACACAAAUACAACAUUGUGUUCAAGGGAUUGAGGAGGAAUUGGCUUCAAUUCAUAUAUUCAAGAUAUUUGGUCUAGGCAUUCACUGGCCCUUGUUUAUCGGUGCAUUGUGUGCACCUCCUGGAGAACAAAGAAAAACGUUCCUUGAUGCUUUUAAGACAAUUAUAGAAAAUGGCACUUAUGUAGCAAGAAAUACAGUUGAGCGUGUAGAAAGAUUUUGGAACAUUAUUGAUAGGGGUGAUUUCAUUGAUGAAAAGGACUACGAUUGUAUAAUGUUAUAG